UAAUAUUUUAAAAAGAACACAUUUGGAAGUUGGACGGGCUGUUCGAUGGUUCACUUUGCAGUACUUUAUUACUGACGGAAUUUUCGCUUUCUAAUUAAAAAAAGAUAUGCCUGCUCCUAGAAAGAAGAGCAAGAAAGUGCCAAUACUAAGUCAUGAGUUUAUUGUUACUAAUCAUGGCGAUAUAGUGUCGUGUAUUUGUAUGAUAUUUAUGGUCGGGUUAUUAUUCAAGACAACGCAGAAGGUAGCGGGAGUUUUUAUUGCACCACAAUACAACAUAAGCAAAUUAAAGAACGAUUCUGACCAAGCAAAAUCAGAAGAAACAGUUUAUACCAAUGGAAGGAAGGAUAUUUGUACAGUUUUCUUUUAUUCCCUUGCAUGGAUAGUUAUUCAUGCUAUUAUCCAGGAGUAUAUAUUAGACAAAAUCAAUCGUAAAUUUCACUUAUCAAAGACCAAAAUCAGCCGAUUCAAUAAUCUUGGAGGCCACCUACCAUUUUAUUUUGCCUCAGCAGUUUGGGGUGCAGAUCUCAUUUUGAAGGAAAACCUUCUUCCCAGGCUAUCCAAUUUGUGGGAAGGUUAUCCACAUACCGAAAUGUCAUUUAUGAUCAAGUUUUACUUUAUUUUGCAAAUUUCAUAUUGGAUACAUUGCUUUCCUGAACUGUAUUUUCUAAAGGCAAAGAGGGAAGAACUGUUGCCGCGAAUAUUUGUGUAUUUGCAGUAUCUUUUUAUUCUUGUACCAGCUUAUAUUUGCAACUUUACAAAGCUUUCAUUGGUGUGUUUUGUGAUUCACUAUUUUGUUGAGUUUCUGUUCAAUGCAAUUAAAAUUCUUGGCUACAUGGGAAAAACAGAAACUUCCAAAAAUUUAUUGGUGUUUAUAUGGGCCUUGUUAUAUGCAAUUGCUAGGAUUGCAAUUAUUAUUUUGUCUAUUGUUACAUUGUGGAUUGGGUUGCCCAAACAACUAAGCUCUGAAAACUAUCAGAUGGUUCCAAAUUUCAACAAGAAACCAUGGAGAAUAACAUUCCUUGCUGGGCUCAUUUUGAUGCAAGCUUGGUUGGCAUGGGUAUUCAUUGCCAGGCAAGUUAGUUAUUGGAGCGAUGUUUUGCAAAUCAAACGGCAGAAGUCCAAAAAAAAGGAUGUGAAGAAGAAAGCCAAGGAACAAAAGUCAAAGGGAGAAAGUGAACUAAAUCAUGAAACAAAAAAAGUACUGGUUAAUGGCAAAGAAAAACAUGCUUAAAAUAUAUGUAAUUCAAUUUUUGUUUUUAUUGUCUCAGAAUUUAAGUGACCUUUUCAAAUUGUGAUAGCCAAUUGCUGUUAUUGUUAUACCAUCUCAUGGUAUAUGGAUAUUAUGGACAAACCAAAGUGGGCCGAAUGGUUGCCAUGAACACUUGAUGAUUAAUAAAAACUUUGCAUAAGAAGCAAAAUAUAUUCAGUACAUCGUUAAAAAUGUCUUGUUUUAUUGGUGAAAUAGCAUGCUACAGGCUGUACCACAGAUUUGGUUCUCAAAUCUUAGUGGUUUAGUAUUAAAUUGAACUAUUUUUCAAGUAACUUACUAGAUGCCAGUCAUGUAAAUCUGCAUUUUUAAACAAAAGUUUUCCAAUUCAAUUUAAAUAGAAGAAAGAUAUAAUUUUUAGAUUCUAAAUUUAAUUUGAUUCUUCCAAUGUUGGAAAGGAUUCUUUUCCUCCAAAUAAAUUCAAUUCAAUUCAAAAGUCA